AUGACGGAACUUGUUAUAAAACUGGAAGUGAUUUUGUUUGUGUAUGCUCAUCUGGGUGGACUGGAACGCUAUGCGACAUCAGUGGAUAACUGUUUGUCAGACCCGUGUUUUAAUGGUGGAUUAUGCUACAAUACUGGUGGUGGGGCAUAUGAGUGCAUAUGUCUGUUUGGAUAUACUGGAUUACAUUGCGAAACAAACAUAAACGAGUGUUUUUCUGGUCCUUGUUUACAUCGCGGUACAUGCGAUGACGAUGUCAAUUCUUAUAUAUGUACAUGCACAACUGGAUGGAAUGGCAAUAACUGUGAACUUGAUAUAAACGAUUGCUCGCCGAAUCCGUGUAUGUACGGUGGAACAUGCCACGAUAUCGGAACAAAUGCCUAUAUGUGUUUCUGCAGCGAAGGAUUCGCCGGAGAAAAUUGUGAAACGGUUAUUGAUCGAUGUGAAAGCAAUCCCUGCAUGAAUGGUGCACAGUGCAUAUCUACCAUAAAUUCCUACGUGUGCGUUUGUGAGGUUGGGUGGACUGGUCAAAACUGUGAACUAGAUAUAAACGACUGUGAUCCGAACCCGUGUUACAACAAUGGUCAAUGUGUGGACAUGGGAGUUGACUACUAUGAGUGUUACUGCAGUGCCGGUUACACUGGACAACACUGCGAAGACCUGAUUAAUUAUUGCGGUAGUCAUCCAUGUAAAAAUGGCGCAACGUGUAUGAAUGGCCUGCAAUUCUACGCUUGUAAAUGUGUUACGGGCUUUACAGGAUCAGAUUGUGAACUGGAUGAACCUGAUUGUAGACCCAACACGUGUUUAAACGGAGGUACUUGCAUCGAUGGAGUUAACUCAUUCAGUUGUGGAUUGAUCCGUGUCAGUAACCCGUGUAAGAAUGGUGCCGUGUGCAUUAGUCGCGUGCUUACAUAUACAUGCACAUGUGCUCAAGGAUGGAUGGGAACAUACUGUGAGGAGGAUGUCAACGAUUGUAUACCUAAUCCAUGUCUAAAUAACGGAGUAUGCAGAGAUACUGGUACAAAUAGUUAUAUGUGUAUUUGCCCAGUGGGUAUGACUGGUCAACGGUGUAGUGAAGCUAUUAACAAUUGUUUGAGUGGUCCUUGCCAGCAUGGUGGAACCUGCACGUCUGCAAUGAAUGCAUACAAUUGUUACUGUGCAUCGGGAUAUGAAGGGGUAAACUGUGAGAUUGACAUAAACGAGUGUUCCUCAAACCCUUGCCGUCAUAGUUUACAGUGUAUUGAUGGGCCGCAUUUGUAUCACUGUGUAUGUGAACCAGGUUGGACUGGCGAUAACUGUCAAAUAAAUAUUGAUGAAUGCGCACAUCACAACCCCUGUAAACACGGUAGUACGUGUAUUGAUGGAAUUAACUCACAUACAUGUUUAUGCACUGAUGGAUAUAUUGGAACCAAUUGUGAACUUAUACAUGGCAGUGACUGUAUAGAAGAAUUAGUCAUCGAACAAGGUGAACAAGUAACUAUUUCGAGCCCGAACUAUCCGAACGACUAUCCGAACAACUUACACUGCAUAUGGAGAGUAACUAACCGUGAUGGCCGCCAAUUAAAAGUGACGCCUGUCGAAAUGAACACCGAAUGUGGCUACGAUAUGGUCAACUUGGGUCACGGUAGCGAUCCGGAUGACGACGAAACGUUAUUGUUACACGAUUCUGGGUCCACCACUCUACCGAUAUUCGUUGUCGAAGACAAUGAAAUGUGGCUGACAUUUGAUUCAAACCAGUUUUCAUCAGAUCGAGGGUUUUCAUUUGUGAUCGACGAUGUGCCCGGAUCUACAAUUUCGGCUACGGCGGUGACCGUAUGUGGCAGUCAUUUCUGUUACAAUGGUGGUACGUGUGUCCAAGACCACAAUGGUGAAAUCUUCUUAUGUGUGUGUCAAGGCGGUUGGACAGGCAGUUACUGUGAAGAAGGGGUGAAUGAAUGCGAAAGUAGUCCAUGUGAGAACAAUGGAGUAUGUGUAGACGACGUAAACAGGUUUCAUUGUAUAUGCGAAGACGGAUGGAAAGGCGAGACAUGUGCCGAGACUGGAGCCAUCACAGGUGACGAACCAGACGAUUCUUCAUCACUGGAAUGGUAUUGGAUUCUCUUGAUAAGCGUAUUCAGCGCACUCGCGGUUGCCGUUGGAGGUUAUCUAGCAUACAAACAUUUCCAAGAUGCUAAAAGAGAAAGAAACUCCAACAUACGGGAAGCUGCUCUGCUGAGAUCUUCAAAAAUGACCAAUGGGGAAACAGCAUCGCUAGAAAACCAUUAUGGCUUUACACCAAUAGAUGACUCCAGCAGCAGCUCGAUGAGGACUGUCCGAGAGGUCAACAGUUACGAUCAACCGUGGCCAAAAAGUGCCGACGAAUUUGUGGAUACUAGGACGGAAAUUUAA